AGUUUAAGUUUGAGCCUCUAUACUUGCCGAAGGUGUGUGCUGAAGAUGGAGACAGUAGUCCGGGUACCCAGGUUGAUAGUGAAAAGUUGAGAUUGAUUUGUGAAUCAAUCUCAUCAAUAAAAGCAUGCCAAGAAACUAUUAUUAGUGACAUUGCAGUUAUGAGAUCUGAGUUCAUGGGGAAACUCAGUGAUUUAUCUGCAAUGAUUGCAAAAUUUGUUGCAAAAAAUUCUGAAAAAGUUGCAAAUUCAAGUGAUGAAAGUGCUGGUUUUAAUGAAGGGGAAAAGCCAGAUGAUUUUGAUAAUGUUUCCAGUCCUAUUUCUGAUGAUUCUAAGCUAACUUGUUUGUUUUUAUGCUUUAUUGUUUUUUUUAACCAUUUUUAGUUGUAACCAGAUUGUUUUUUUUUUUUUGUUGGCUAGGAUUGUGGAAAUGAUUCAGCUGAAGAGUCUGAUGGUAGUAAGGUAACUAGUUUAUUUUUCUUAAUAGUAUGUUUUCUUUCUGUAGUUGUUUAGUGUAACCAGUUACUGUUGUAACCAGUUUCAUUAUUUCUUUUAGGGUGUUGAGAAGGAUUUAAAUGAAAAUUUUGAUGCUGUUUAUUCUGGGUUGGAGUUGUCAAAUGUUGUGGGUGGAGAUAAGGUUUUGUAAUUUAUUUUUGUUUUGUUUCUUGUAUUAUUUUAUUUAAAAUUGAAUUUGUUGUAAUUGAUUUUAUUUUUAUUCAUUAUAGGAUUUUACAAACAAGCCUGAGUUCAGUUCAGUUGGUUUAAGUUUUGAAGAAGUAUAUGUUGAUCCAGAGAUUUUGAGUGUUAUUGAUAGAACUAUUCAGUAUGCAGAAGGAGAAAAGAAAUUUACCGGGAGUAAGGAUGAUUGGAAGGUUGUGAUGGUUGGUGAUGAUGAUGAGGUUCCUGUUGCUAUUGAAAAGAGGGAGCCUAAACCUAGUACUCAUGUCAAGUCUCCUUUUGUUACUGAGUUUGGUUCUUCUGAUGUUAAAGAAACUGUGAAGAGGAAGGGAGUGGAAGUGGUGAUUGUUAGAGGAUUGGUUCCAUUUGAAAAUGAAAUAGGGCAGAAUGUUUCAAAAAAUGAUUGCCUGGAUUAUAUUUCUUGGAUUGAGGAUAAAAUGAAUUUUAAGAAUAAGUAUGUUUUUUUAUAUUUUCUUUAAUAUUAUUAUUCUUGAUAUUUAAUUGUUUGUUAAUAUAUAUAUAUAUAUAUAUAUAUGUUUUUUGUUUUGAAGGAAGAAGAAAUUUUCUGAUGUCAAUAACAUUAUCAAUCCCCCAAUGGAUUAUUCAUUUGUUAAAAUUUAUGAGAAAAUGUGGUUUUACAAGCUUCAAACUUGUGGGGAGGAGCUUAUGGACACUCAUAUAAAUGUAUGUUUUUAUUACCUGAGGAAGAAGAUUAAGCUGGUUGAUGGUUUGAACAAGAGGGUUACAACUACAGACUCUUGGUUUGAUGCAACUAUCAAGGGUUUGUAUGAUAACUUUGUGGCAGCCAAAUGUGAUUCAAGCAUCAUUCGUUUUGAUAAUCUAAUUUCAGAUUACAUUAUUGGUGAAUAUUUGUUUUGUAACACUCCUUGGGUGGAUGUGGAUCAUGUUCUUUUUCCUGUGCAUGUGAAGGUUCAGUUGCAUUGGGUUUUUAUUCACUUUUCCAUUAAGAGUAGGAUGUUAACUGUCUACAAUUCUUUGACGGGGAAGAAGAAUGAGAGUAUUGCUUUGCCAUAUGUGAAGGCUUACUCUGUUGUUUUACCAUAUUUUCUAGAUUUUCUUGAUUUUUAUUGUUCUAGGAAAGAUUUGGACUUGAAUGUUGGUCCAUAUUCUGUUGGGAAGAAGGAUCCAAUUGAUUUUAACUUUGCCAAAGACUUGCCAUUUCAAGAGGAUAAGUAAGUAACUGGUUUUUUGUAUAUUGUUGUUUAUUUUUCUAUUUUGUUUGUUUUUAAGUAAUUUCAUAUUCUGUUUUUUGUGUUUUUUGUUUUUUUUGUUUUUUGCAGUGAUUGUGGAGUAUUUGUUAUCAAGUAUGCUGAUUUGUUUAUUCAUGGGAAGAUUGAUGACAUCCCGAAGAACAUGGCUGCCAAAAUUGCUACCUAUCGUGAUUAUCUUGCCAUUAACUUGUAUAGUCAUGCAAAAAAGAAGCAGAUUGGUGGGUACAAGACCGAAGAUGAUGCUCCAUCAAAGAAAUCAAAGAGGAGGAGGAAUUAUAAGUAGAGAUGUUGGAGUUUUUUUUUUUUAGCUGUAUUAACGACCAUGUCUUUUUUUUCUUUCGUUGUUUAAUAGUGAAGUUGUGGUUUGUAAUUGGGUACUGUUUUAGUACUGGACUUAUGUAUGGUUUUUUUUUUUUUUUUUGGUCAAUGUAAAGAAUUGGUUUCAACUUUUGGCUUAAUAUAAAGUUUUUUUUAAUGUAUAUUAUUUUAAUGUGUAUGUUUUUUUAUUCAAUAGUGUUGGAGUUUUUUUUUUUUUUAAAGUGUGAAGAUAUUGUGAUGUACAUGUUUUUUUUUUCAUAUAGGUUUCAAUUAUUAUUGUAUGAAGAUGGUGUAACCGGUUACUUCUGUGUUAGAUUGUAAAAGCUAUAUGUUUCAGGUAACUGGUUACUGUUUCUUUAGUUUUUAUUUCUAUUUUUUAAAUUAUUUUUUAUUUUUUUAUGUUUGUUGUUUUUUUUUUUUUGUGUGAACGAUUUCUGAUUAUAUAACUAGGUUUUUAAAGUAGUUGGUUUUAUUAAUAUAUAGUUGUUUGUUAAAAUUUCUUAUAGUGAUUGCUUUUUGUUUUUUAUAUUUUUAUGUGUUGUAACCAGGUACUUGAAUUUUCAGUUUUUGAAUAUCUUGUGUUGGAACCUAGAAGUUGAGUAUCAAGUUUAUAAUAUUUUAUGUUUUUUUGUUUUUUGUGAAAGAUUUGUGGUUUUAUAAUUAGGUUUUUAAAUCGUUGGUUACAUGUAUAUGUAGUUGUUUGUUAAAUUUACUUAUAGUAUCUGUUUUUUUUUCUUUCUAUAAUAUGUGUUGUAACCAGGUACUUGAGUAUCCAGAUUUGGAAUAUCUUUGUGUUUGGAACCAUGAAGUUGAGUAUCAAGUUUAUAAAAUGUAAAAUGUUUAAAAAGUUUGUACUUUUAUUGAAGUAGAAAACAUUAGGAUACAAUUUUAUUACAUG